AUAGAAAGUGUUUUACUUAUGGAACUUUAUAGCUACUUUGAUAUGUUGAACUAAAAGAAGGCUAAAUGAUUUUCACAUGUCUUGCAGCAUAAAGCCAGUAUAUGGAGCUCAACAUCCUCCCCUUCAAGUGAUGCCAAAGGGAAAAGAGGAACGUUCAAAAACGAGUAACAAGAGGGAUGCCUUCCAAGACUUUGAGAACAACACAUCGGAUGCUUGGGAUGACGGAGACGAUGAUCUGCUUGUUAUGGCAAACAUUCAGAUGUCACUACGUGAUGUACGAUCCACAGCACAAGCUGUCAUGGAGAAUCAUAGCAAGCAGCUUAGUGCUCAAAACCAACAAACUUCAUCUGUCAAAGAUGAACUAAGGAAACUUAGCUGGUCUGGAAUACCAAAACCUGUACGAGCAACUGCCUGGAAAAUUUUAUCUGGUUAUCUCCCUGCCAGUUUGGAUAGAAGGGAGCCUACUCUGCAGCGAAAGCGCCAUGAGUACUUUGGAUUUAUAGAGCAAUAUUACGACACACGACACCAAGAGAUUCACCAGGAUACAUUCAGACAACAACAUUUAGGUCUUGGCACAAUUCUCAAAGACAUCCCAAGAAUGACUUCUCUAGCUCAUCUUUUCCAACAAAAAGUUGUUCAAGAAAUAUUUGAGCGCAUCCUUUACAUCUGGGCUAUCCGACACCCUGCCAGUGGCUAUGUACAGGGAAUCAAUGAUCUAGUCACUCCAUUCUUUGUUGUGUUUCUGUCAGAGUUUAUAGACAAUGAUGUGGAAUCAGAAAACUUUGAUCUGUGUCAACUUCCUCAAGAGACUUUAAACAUAAUAGAAGCAGACAGUUUCUGGUGCACCUCUCGGCUCCUAGAUGGCAUACAGGACAAUUACACAUUUGCUCAGCCAGGCAUUCAGAUGAAAGUGAAUGCUCUGAAGGAACUCAUCAAGAGAAUUGAUGUUCCUUUGUACAAACAUUUGGAGGAGCACUGUGUGGAAUUCCUUCAGUUCUCGUUCAGGUGGAUGAACAACAUACUGAUGCGUGAAAUCCCCCUUAGGUGCACAAUUCGACUUUGGGACACAUAUCAGGCUGAGCAGAAUGGAUUUGCUGAUUUCCACCUCUAUGUCUGUGCUGCAUUUCUAGUCAGGUUUACCCAGGAUGUUCUCAGAGAGCAAGAUUUUCAGGGAAUUCUUAUGUUUCUUCAAAACCUUCCAACCCACCACUGGCAGAAUGAGGAGAUAGGUGAACUGUUAGCGGAGGCCUACAAACUGAAGUUUAUGUUUGCUGAUGCACCAAACCAUUUAAGUAAGAAGAAGUGAUGUGUGUUGUACGCAUUCUCAGUGUUGGUGGACUGGAGCUGCAGGGAGAGGACACAGAAGGAGGCUGUUAGUGCUGGACUCAUCCCAAACACAAGCCACUAUAUACAAGUCUUUCAAUGAUUAGUGCCAAGGCCUCUCUGGGAGAGCAGAAACUAUCAGGAAUCCCUCUAACUUUGCCAAAAUGUUGUCCCUCUAACCAAAUUAUUGUUGUUCAUCUAAUCAGCCAAAGACAGUGCUGGUGAAUGGUGUUGUGUAAUAUGUGGAUUCUCAGAAAUUCUAUGCAAACAGAAUUAUGUUGUACAGAGUAGUGCUCUGAUAGAUUGUUUUCAAGCAUUUUAAUGAUUUUAGACUUAUGUCUUUAUGUCUAUAUAGAACCUACAUGUAUUUAUCAUGAAUGUGUAAUUACACAGAUAAGUAAUUACUGGUAAGUGUGGUAAGGUAAUUACACAGACAAGUAAUUACUGGUAAGUGUGGUGAGGUAAUUACACAGCCAAAUAAUUACUGGUAACUGUGGUAAGGUAAUUACACUGUUAUCAUGCAGAAUCAUUCAUUCGUCACCUCAUAUUUAUUUUUUGUACAUCAGAUGUGCAUUAUUCAUAGUAUGUGGUGCAAGUAGACAUUUUAUGAUGAUGUAUGAAAAAUAUACUCAUACUAUAUUCAUUUUUUUAUGCUUAAAUGCUCUUUUUAUUUGGUGAAGCAACAUUUUUAUUUAAUUGAUAUUUAAUUUUAAAAGAAGUACUUCAAUGAUGAUGGGACAAAGUAAAGAGUAAAGAAUAACCAUAUAUUAAUAUUUGUUGUUAAGGACCAAUGACUAACUUUGUUGACACAGAGGUCUAUUCCUGAGCAUUGGCAGUCUUGUUACAAUUUCCAGCCCUGAAUCACCAAUGUCUGACAGUUAUUACAAGCACUACUCACUAUAGGAGUACUGACAUUCAGUGAUACAUUACCAGACUGUGAUAUCAUCAUCACUAGAUACUUUUAUAAUUAAUAAACAUUGGAUGAAAUGCAUUAAAGAAAGUGUAUGGUUAGCUUGUUGAUUUCAAUAUAAUACUCGUACUCCAUAUGAAUCAAGUCUGUGUGGUUAUUAACAUGAUCAGUGUAAAAUGAUUAGUCCCGGGUAGCAUGAGGGGAACAAGUUUCACAAUUUUUAAGGAAAUAUCACUAUAUAAUGUAGUUUUAACAUGGUAUGGUUUCACCAUAAUUAUUAUUUUUGUUAAUCUUGUUUUUAAGGAAGGAAAAAAAUAUUGAUUUCAGCAUUUCUAUUAGAAAAUGAUACUUCCCAAAACUUAGCUUGAAGCAAAAUUAAUAUUCUAUUUUGACCCUUCUUUCAGACUUAUAAUGAGCUUAGCUAUAUUGUUAAACACAAAUGCUCUAAUUUAAAGACCAAACCAUUACACAUAUUUAUCUUCCAUAAAGUAUCUUGAAAUAAUAAAAUUGAUGUUUCAUAUCAUGAGUAGAUAUAAGAAAAUGACCUCCUAUGCAUCACAAUGCAUCAAUGUAUUGUUGCACACCUACAUAAGAUACAUGACUGUCAAAUUUUAAGAGAUCGAGGACAGUUUUAAUAACUUCACAUUGGGGAAAUCAAUUUUCACCUAUCGAGACUUCAAAUGAAAAAUUUUGAAGGAUAAAUUAUUAUUAAUACAGCAUUAAGUUAAAGAUUUGGUUCUAAAUCUGUUGUGAAUAGAUACAUAUCAUGUCUUGCCUCAUAAUGUCAUAGAAGUUGUAUUCGACUAGAUAACGGUAUAACCAUGGUGAUGACCUAUAAAGCUCUCCUGAAUUUUUCUGAUCACAGUUUGUUCAGUGCUAUCUGUUGGGCUGACCCUCUGUACACAUUAUUAGUCAAUAUGUAAUGAUGUUCAAAUAAUAGUCCCAGAAGACAGAGUUUAACUAAAAUGGGUUUCAGACUUUUACAAGGCAACAUGAAGGGAAAACUCUUUAAAAAGUAGCAACACCAUAUUAAAUCAUAUUGACAAGAGACAAUCCUAUAAUCUAUGUUUUCAUAUUUAAAAAAUAAGAUUGAUCAAAUUUUACUUAAUGCAAGUAACCAGGAAAAAAAUCAGUAAGAGUCUUCUCUUACAGAGCAGUAUGACUGUUGAAAUAGACAUACCUGAUAUUGAAGCAUCCUUGUUAACAUUUUGGUGGAAUAAGUUAAAUAUGAACCUCUUAAGGCUAAUAAAGGGCCACAAUGCUGUAAAAAUGUAAUAUUCUUCCAAAAAAUGACAGGAAGGGGAUCCUAUGAGGAAUACCAAGACAAAGUUAAUCAGAUGAGCUGUGUAGCCCAUGGGAAUUUUUGAAGAUAGUUUUGUCAAGAACCCCCAUUUUCAAAGUAAAUGUGUAAGAGGAUUUUUCUUUUGAAACGCAUUUUAAAGCAUGUCUAAUAUUUGAUGUAUACAUGUACUUUUGUUAUUUUUAACAAUGUCCCUUUCUCCUGAUAUUCUCCAUCAAAUCUGAAAAUUCCAAUAAUGUGAACAAGUUCUACAUUUAGAAUUUUAUUGUUUUUUUAAUGUUAAUGAAAACUAUAAAGUUACCACAUUUGUCUUUAAGAAAGAAAAUGUAUAAAAGAGAAAUAAAAUAAAAAAGGUAAACUGAAAUGUAGUCAUGAAAAAAAUCAAAGCUAGUAUGGAAAAUUUUAAACCUGUAACCUCUAAUUUUUUUUUUAAAGAUGUUCUCAGUUUAACAAUCUUGGUAGACAAUCCUGUCAUCCGUAAUUUUGAAACCAAAAACCACUUCAUAAUCCCUAUAAAACAAGGCUUACUUUCAUUAUUUUUCAUACAUUGAUUUAAUGUAUUUGAUUAUCAAUACAGAUUUUUUAAAACUAUAAUCUAAUCAGUUUAUUUAGAUAAGUGUUUUGUCAGGUUCAGAAACAUUCCAUAUUCCUCUUUUUGAUUCAGUAAACACACAAAGUUAAUCACUCCUGAAAUUAGCAAAGUUUUAAAAUGGCUGAAGGAGUUAACAGUUUAUGUUGAAAUAGUUAUAUAAUAUGUGCAAUUUUUGAAUUUAUGAGUUGAUUAAAGUAUGUUAUGCCUUAAA